AGCUGACAGCCUGACAGUGGAGAUGGUAAUGGCUGCAGUCGAGGUGGCACUUUGUGGACGUCGCGUUGCUCCUCUUCGUUAAAAAACCCGCUGAAAACAGGAAACCGGGCUUCGACCCAAACACCUUCAGCCGAGGUUCGAGCUGCGUGACCCGGGGGUGAAGAUGUCGCUGAAGCCGCUCAACCGGACGGGUUCCUCCGGGCUCAGCUGCUGUUAGCCGGCCGCUCGCAGCUCAGUGAGCGGCUCUCAGCUCGGACACGCUCGGUUCUUUUCCCCCCGGUGGUGAAAUUCAAAGUCCCCGGUGUCUGUGGAGGUCCGCGAUCACAGCGGAGCUCCAUGACCCGAGCUGCCCGGUCCAAGCUAGGCUAACUCCGCCUCGCCCUGCUCGGCCUGCUGCUGAGUUCUCUGGGUGUAUUGUCCCUGAACCCUCCGGAGGAUGUCGUCCUGGCUGGGGGGACUGGGCUCCGGCCUCGGCCAGUCGCUGGGUCAGGUCAGCGGGAGCCUGACGUCCCUCACCGGCCAGAUAUCAACCUUUACCAAGGACAUGCUGCUGGAGGGAGUGGAGGAGGUCGGAGAUGCUGCCACAGAACUGCACGUGUCCAAUUCCAGGUUGGCUGAAGUCGAGGCUUCGUUUACCUCACAGAAAUCUGAGCAUGACAGAUUACGGGCGCUGCAUGCAGAGCUGGAGGAGAAGCUGGAGGCUUCAGAGAUCCAGAACAAACGACAGUCUGCAGAAUACAGAACCCUCCUGCAGCAGAAAGACGUGGAUAUCAGUCACCUGAAAGCCCGGCAGAGUGGUCUUCAGGAAGAAGUCCAGAGGCUUCAGCGGUCAGCCCAGUCGGCCUCCAUCUUCCCCGCGGUGCUGCCGGUCGCCACCUCUUCCUCCGGCACCACCUCGUCUUCUUCUUACCUAUCACGGCCCUCAGAGUCCCAGCAGGGUUAUCAUGGCGAUGAGCUGGAUCUCAGUGAUCACAUCUGGUCGCAGCAGGAGAUCAGCCGCCUGUCGACAGAGGUCACGCGUCUGGAGGCAGAGGUGUCUCACUGGAGGAGAAUGUCCCAGGCAUCCACAACUGCAGGAUCUGGCAAUGGCGACCAGGGUGAGACUCACAAAUUUCAAAGAACUAUACAGGAGCUGCGAGAGGAGAUGGGUCGUGAGGUGGACGAACACCAGCACGAACUGGCAGCGCUGCAGGACGCCCAGCGGCAGAAGAUGGCCGACAUCGCUCGAAGACACAGGGAGGAGCUUGCAGAGUACGAGGAGAGGAUAGAGGAGCUGGAGGAACAGAUUCAGAGUGGUGGUCAAACCAGUUCCUCGUCAGACACCUCCAAGCUGCCUGAGCUCCAGAAAACCAUACAGUCCCUGCAGGAGGCGGCAGAGCAGCGGGAGAAGCAUCUGGCUGAGCUGUCUGCCAGCCUGGAGGAGGCUCAGGGGAAACAGGCCUCGCUGCAGCUGGAGAAGGAUGAAGUCCAGGAGGAAAACGCCGGGCUGCUGGAGAACUACACGCGGCUGCAGGCGUCUGUCACCGAGCUGCAGACACGAGUUCAAGAGCAGGAGGGGAAGACUCUGCAGAAAGCCCAGCUUGACCAGGAGAUCCAAGUGCUGAAACAAAACCUCACAGCGGCAGAAAAAGAAAUCGAGAGACUGAAAAACCUGUCUGACGCUGAACCAAAGGAAGAAGUUGAGCAUGCAGACAUAUUGGAACUGAACACCAUCAUUGGGCUGUUGAGACAAGAAAAGGAAAUCCUCGAACACGAAAAGCUCAAUCUGCAAGAAAGACUCAAAGUCUCAGAGGAACAAAUAGGCGACAAUAACGUAACUGAUUCUGGAGAAUCAGAGUCACUGGCGGAUCUGAAAGUUGAGCUGGAGAGAAGAGAAAAGGCCCUGAGAGCCACUGAGGAGGAACGAGACACUCUGAUGGCUGAGCUGGAAGAACUAGACCAGCAGAACCAGGAGGCAACACAGCAUAUGAUCUCUGUGAAGGAGCAGCUCUCCGGACAGCUGAAGGAGGCCGAUGCAGAACUGACGAGACUGACGGCCGAGCUCAACACAACCAAAGACCAGAAAAGGACCCUGGAACAGGAGGUGGAGACCCAGAAGGAGAGAACGAGCCAGAGCGCUUUCACCCUCAACGAUAUGCAUAUGGAUAAACAGCAGCUGGAACAGACGGUGAAGGAGCUGAAAGACAAACUGGGACAUGCGCAGGAGCAGAGCAGAGAGGCACGGAGAGAAAUCACAGAGAUGAAGAAAAGUUUGCAGGAGAAAGAGGACCUGUAUUCUGCUGCUAAAGCGGAGCUGCAUCAGGCAGGGGGGAGAGGAACUGCAGAACAGGGAACUGAAGAGGAGCUACCAGGGAAAGAGAAGGAGCUGUCAGCCCUCAGAAGAGAACUGGACGAGAUGAGGACCUCUCAGGAUAACCUGAAGUCCGCAGACUAUGAGUUGAAGAUGGAGAACAGGAAGUUGAAGGCGGAGAGUGAGCAGGCUCUGGGUAAAGUAGAAAAACUAACCAAGCAGAUGAAGGAGAGCCAGGCUGCUCUGACCAGGACGAUUCGAGAGAAGGAAACUCGUAUCGAAGCCUUGAAGCUGGAGAAGAAUCAGCUGGAUGGUGAUUUGAGGCAGACUGAGAUGGCACUGAAUGACCAGGCCAGACAGUACCAGCAGACGGUUGAGGAGUUGACUCAAGCUCGCUCCAUGGAUGCCUCAGCUUUGCAGAUGGAGCAUGAACGCGCCAUCAAACUCAACCAGGAGAAAGACAUGGAGAUAGGACAACUGAGGAGAGACAUAGAGCAGUUGGCAUCUGAUCACAGAGACACCAACGAGAUGCUCUCGAUCACAGUUUCAGGGCAGAAGCAGCUGACGGAUCUGCUGCAAGAGAAGGACAUUUUUAUGGACACUUUAAAACAAAACGCUGCGGAUAUACAGAUGGAGAUGGAAAACAGUAUCUCAGUGGCGACCAAAGACGCUGACGCCCUCAGACAGGCGCUAGAGGAGAAGGAUAGACAGCUGGGGGUUAUGAAGGAGGAGAACAGCCAUUUGAAAGAAGAGAUUGAUCGCUUUAGAGAUCAGCAGAGCAGACCUCAACCUCUGGGUGAACCCAGGACCCUGGACAUUAUCACAGAGCUGGAGACGGAGAUCAGCCAGCUCAAGUCCUCCAGGAACGGCCUGGAAGAGGAGGUCCAGGCUCUGAGGAGAACCAUGGAGGAGCAACAGGCCGCACUCCUCCUGGCACAGCAGUCCCUGCAGGGUCAACAAGGUGAACUGGAGCAGGCUCAUGCUCGCAACCAGCAGACCACUCUGAACUAUGACAGACUUAUACGCGCCAGAGAUGAGGACAUAGCUCGCCUCCAGCAGACUGUAGAUCGGCUCAGUGGGGGUCAGGGUCGUGCUGACUCUCCACCUGUGCAGGGAGACGUCAUCCUGGAGGAGGAGAAGACCCAGACCCUAAAUCAGGAGAACGGCAAUGAGAAGCACGACCUGUCCAAGGUAGAAAUAGAGAAACUGGUGAGAGGCAUCAAGGAGAAAGAGACUGAGAUCUGCCAGCUGAACGAGAAGAAUCUCUCGUUGACCAAACAGCUGGAUCAGCUGAUGGUGUCUCGUGAUGAAGUGGGUAAACUCUCCCAGAUGAUCCUGCAGAAGGAUCUUGAGAUUCAGGCGCUUCAUGCUAGACUCAGCAUGGUCGGAGGCGGCGGACACAACCAGGAUGUCUUGUACCUUCAGCAGCAGCUGCAGGCCUACGCUGUGGAGAGAGAGCAAGUGCUGGCUGUGCUGAAUGAGAAGGCCAGAGAGAACAGCCAGCUUCGCUCAGACUAUCAUCGUUUCAUGGAUAUGAUGGCAGUUAAGGAAGCAGCUCUUUUGAAGCUUCAGCAGGAGAAUCAGCACCUCUCCAAUAUGAGCGACCCCUCAGGAAGCCAUGAGAUGUUCAAGGAGACCAUCCAGAACCUGUCCCGCAUCAUCAGGGAGAAGGACAUCGAGAUUGAUGCGUUGACUCAGAAGUGCCAAACCCUGGUGACGGUCCUGCAGACCUCAGGAGGAGAGUCUGGUGCCGGCUCGGGAGGAGUCAGCAGCAACCAGUUUGAGGAGCUGCUGCAUGAGAGGGACACGCUGAAGCAGCAGGUGAAGAAGAUGGAGGAGUGGAAGCAGCAGGUGAUUACGACGGUCAAGAACAUGCAGCACGAGUCGGCCCAGCUGCACGAGGAGCUGAUCGGACUGCAGGGUCAGGUGUCUGCCGACAGCGACUGCAGCUCCAAGCUGUCCGUGGACUAUGCUCGGAUGAUCCAGAGCUACGAGCAUAAGGAGAGGAGGCUGGGAGAUCUGAGUCAGGAACUUGCACAGGUCCAGCAGACCAUCACCCAGCUCAGCUCCACCAAAGAUGUCCUGUUGGGUAAACUCGACAGUGUGGCUCAGUGCCCUGAAGUUGUUGUUGCUCAGUCCAGUGGAUCCUCUCUCACAGUCGACGCUCCCGUCCACCAGACGGAUUCACCUGUAAACAAUGACCAACUGCAGGAAGAACUUAGGCGAUUGCGUGGACAUGUGGCCGAGAAGGAAAUCACCAUCAGGACUCUUCAGGAGAACAACAACAGGCUCUCCAACUCGGCAUCUGCCUCGGAGAACGAGCAGAUGAGUCAGGCCGUGGAGAUGCGACAGAUCCGGGAGAGGCUGGAUGCUCAGCAGAGAUCAGUGAGGGAGAAAGACCUGCUCAUCAAAACCAAAAGCGACCAACUGGUUCAGGUCAGCGAGUCGCUACGUAACCGCGAGAACGACAACGAGGUGCUGAAACAGGCCGUGACCAACCUGAAAGAGCGGGCUCUCAUUCUGGAGCUGGACGUGAAGAAGCUGAAGGAGGAGAACGAGCUCGUGGCUGCACGCUCCCGGGAGAAGGAGUCGGAGUUCAGAGCGCUGCAGGAAACCAACAUGCAGUUCUCCCUCCUCCUCAGGGAGAAGGAGUUUGAACUGACUGCAUUGAGCAAGAAAUCUGCAACUGUGGAGAGGAUGCUCAAGGACAAGGAGCAGGGUAAGUCCGGUGAGCUGAAUCAGCUCCUGAACGAACUGAAGUCCAUGCAGGAGAAAGCUGUGGCCUUCCAGCAGGAGAGGGACCGGGUGAUGAUGGCACUCAAGCAGAAACAAAUGGAGACGACUGCAGUACAGACUGAGCUUCAGCAUGUGAGGGACAAAGAACAGCGUCUCAACUUGGAGCUGGAAAGGCUGCGGAACCACCUGUUGGAGAUCGAGGACUCGUACACGAGGGAAGCGCUCGCUGCAGGGGACAGGGAGUCGGAGCUACGCAAGAGGGUGGCCAUGCUCGCCACCUCCUCAAGUGCAGUGGAGAACGCCAGCCAACAGGCGAGCAUGCAGGUGGAGUCUCUGCAGGAGCAGCUGAGCGGAGCGGUGAAGCAGAGGGACGAUGCGCUCGCACAACUCAGAACCUCCCAGGAUCAGAUCAACCAGUAUGCAGUGUCACUGUCCAACCUGCAGAUGGUGCUAGAGCAAUUCCAACAAGAGGAGAAAGCCAUGUACUCAGCAGAACUGGAAAAGCUCAAGAGGGAGAAGGAGGAGUGGAAGAAAAAGGCUCUGAGUCUUGAAGACCAAGCAUCGGCUCUACAGAUCAACCUGGACGAGGCCACCUCUGCUCUGGAUUCAGCGUCUCGUCUCACCGACCAGCUCGAUCUGCAGGAGGAGCAGAUUGAAGAGCUGAAAAAUCAAGUGGAAGUGAGGCAGGAGAUGUUGGAGGAGGCGCAGAGAAAAGUGAUGAGCCUUCUGAACACCACAGAGGGGAAGAUCGAUAAAGUCCUAAUGAGAAACCUGUACUUGGGAUACUUCCACACACCGAAAACCAAGCGUGCCGACGUGCUGAGGCUCAUGGGAAGUGUUCUGGGACUGAGCCGAGAAGACGUUGAGAAGAUGUUGGAGGAUGACGGACGACACGGUGUCACUGGAUGGGUGUCGAGCUGGAUGGGAAGCAGAGGAGCUCAAAGUGUCCCCAACACCCCCAACAGGCCCACCGGGGCGCAAGGACUCAACUCGUCCUUCUCAGAAAUGUUCGUGAAGUUCCUGGAGAUGGAGUCGACUCCCUCGCUGCCGGCAGCAAAGCUCUCGGCCCACGACAUGAAGAGUCUGAGUGCUCCGCCUUCGAGAAGAACCGGCGCUGCUGCUUCCAGCAACGUCGCAGGAGCUGCAGCAGCCAGCAAGCGGCCCGGAGAGUCCAAUCCUUUCCUGGCCCCCCGCUCGGCGGCGGUGCCUCUGCUCGCCGGGGCCAGCUCCGGCGGCCCGGGAGGCCACCUGCUGAUGAAGCCCAUCUCUGACGCCCUGCCCUCCUUCACACCCGUGCCGGUCUCUGAGUCCAGUUCCGGAGCUGCGCUCAAAGACUUGUUGAAGCAGUGAUCGUUCCAUUAACGAGACGUUUUACACAAACACAGACUCUGGAAUAUUUGAGCAGGUCCACUACUACACUAAUAUCUGCUCCUUUUUAUUUCCUGCAAAAAAUAAAUGAUCAGAUCAUAAAGGUUUAAUAUUCCGUUUUGGGGGGGAGGGUGUUCAUUCUGUUCUGGUGUAGUAGGAUUGUUCUAUGCAACCAUUUCCCUGAACACAUCAGUUUAUACGUAUUUCCUUUAUUCUACAUUACUGCGAAGGUGCUGACCCACACGUUUGGAAAUGAUCACAGACGGGACUCGUCCUGCGAUCAUGCUGCGUGAUGAGAGCUUUUUAAAUCUGUGGGUCAUUCAGAGUGAGUUUCUAAUUCCACAGAAACUGUCCUUUUUAAGUUUUUUAUCCAUCGCUCCGGUUCUGAACACAAGUGACCUUGUCAGCUCACGUUGUGCAGUUCCAUUCAUGUGAGUUUACUCAUCACCUUUGUUUGCAGGAGGUACAAAACUUUCAUGUCUCCUCAUCCUUUAACUUCUUUUUUUGUUGUUUCUUUUGAGUAUUUUUUUUUUUCAGCAAUGCAGUGAACUGAUCCAGAACUUUCCUACAAUCUCUCUGGCAGCCGCCUGUGCAGAGAUUUAUGUGGUUCAGUGCAUAUGUUUAAACCAUAGAGACAUUUUUUUUGUGUUGCUAAAUCUUGUCUUCUCCAGACAGUCAGACUGUGAUAUGCAACAAGAGUUGUCAUUAUGGCUGUAACUGCUGCCUGUGGUUGAUCAGAGCUUGAGACUGCGCUUGAGUUUAAGUGCAGUACUAUUAUAUAGUUAUAUAUAUGUAAAUGGGUGGCGCUUUUUUCCUAUUUAUAGGCACCAGGAAUGUUCUGGGAGUAAAGUGCCUGCAUUUCUUUUUGCUAAUUAGAAAGUUGUAAAAUCGGGAUUGUAAAUGAUUGAUAUAAAUAUAUAUAUAUAUAUUUACUAAAUGUAAAAAAAAAAAAAAACUAAAAAAACACUGCACAUUUGAAACGUUUUACCUGCUCAGAGUCUGGCCAACUUUAAGGUGAGUCGUUCUGCAUUUUUGUAUAGACUUCAGUCGGCCUGCAGAAGGAAUGCUGCCGGGGUUUCUUUUUCCAGAUUGAUAACAAUGUAUAAACUUUAAAUCCUUGACUGUAAAGGAAUGUUCUCCGACCUGGAACCCGGAGGUGUCAGAGGAAACUUGAACUGGGAUGAUCUCUGGCUGAGGUCGGAAACCAUUAGGAUUCAUUUGGAACUUCAAAUCAAAUAAAAAGUUUUGCUGACCCUUC